GAUGGUGGCCGCGGCGGCGGCGGCCUCGCCGCAAAGGAAGCAUGUUUCGUGGUCCCGUGAUCGCCUGGGGCGGCGGGGGCUGCCUGAACGCCGCCGCUCCUUCUCCUUUGCAGCGGCUGGAUGUCCUGCGCUGGGGAAGGCUGACUUCGGUGGCCAUCAGAGCUGCGCCCGCCGCUCAAAGAAACCGCCUGUCUCUGGGUGAAGGUUCCUGCAGGAGAAGGUGCUCUGGGGGUACCCCAGAGGUCGGGACCAAGUGGAUCAAGCCCAGCGGCCAAGAGACCGGGAUCCAGAUCUACAACAGCCUGAGCAGAAGCAAAGAGCCCCUUAUCCUGGGAAACGCCAGUGUGGUGACUUGGUACAGCUGUGGACCUACUGUAUAUGAUCAUGCACACCUUGGGCAUGCUUAUUCCUAUGUAAGAUUUGACAUAAUUCGAAGAGUAAUGACAAAGAUGUUUGGAAAGGAAGUAGUGAUGGUGAUGGGGAUUACAGAUAUAGAUGAUAAAAUAAUUAAAAGAGCAAAUGAGAUGGAUAUCUCCCCAGAAACUCUUGCUCGUUUCUAUGAGGAGGACUUUAAACAAGAUAUGUCUGCCUUAAAGGUCCUUCCUCCCACAAUUUAUAUGAGAGUAACUGAAAAUGUUCCUCAGGUAAUUUCUUUCAUACAGCAACUUGUUGCUAAUGGACACGGUUAUGCAACGUCACAAGGUAAUGUUUAUUUUGAUGUCCGUUCUAGGGGAGACAGAUACGGAAAGCUAACAAAUAUUUAUCCUGAUGCCCAAGAGGAAUAUGUGCUUAGUGAUAAGCGUCACACGAAGGAUUUUGCUCUCUGGAAGGCAGCCAAACCUCAAGAGAUAUGCUGGGACUCCCCCUGGGGGAAAGGGAGACCUGGCUGGCACAUUGAAUGCUCUACAAUAUCGAGCCUAGUGUUUGGGGGACAUUUGGAUAUCCAUACCGGUGGUAUAGAUCUUGCAUUUCCUCAUCAUGAAAAUGAAAUUGCUCAAUGUGAGGCUUAUCAUCAGUGUGAACAAUGGGGAAAUUAUUUUCUACAUUCUGGACAUCUGCAUGUUAAAGGGAGUAAAAAAAUGUCAAAAUCACUGAAAAACUACAUUACAGUUAAGGAUUUUCUAAAAGAAUUUUCACCUGAUCAGUUUAGAAUGUUUUGUUUGCGGAGCAAAUACAGCUCAGGAGUGGAAUAUAGCGAUGAUACCAUGAAUGAUGCAAAGAACAUUCUUCACAUAAUACAUUCUUUUAUAAGUAGUGCUAAUGCCUACAUGAAGGGACAACUUAACUGUGACACCAUUAGGGAAGAUGUACUUUGGGACAAACUAGCCCUUACUAAGAAAACAGUAGAGGCAGCGUGUGCAGAUGACUUUGACACUCCCAGGGCUAUUCGUGCAAUUUUGGACCUCAUUCACUAUGGCAACAGACAGCUUAAAACCGUCACUAAGGAAAACAGGUCCCCUAGAAGUGCUGUUGUGUUUGGAGCCAUACUCUCCUACAUGGUGGAAUUUUUUAACACGGUCGGGAUCACCCUUGCUGAAAGUCAGGUUCCUGCUGAACACAAGCAUUCAGCUUUGCUGUCCAGUGUGAUAGAUGAACUAGUAAGCUUCCGGAUCAAAGUGCGCAGUUUUGCUCUUGCUGUGCCUGAGGCUGCAGGAAGUAUGUCUGCCGAAAGUGCUGACUUCUCAGAAGAAGAAAAACAGCAACAGAAAGCAGAAAGACGGCAACAGUUGCAGGAGAGAAUGCCCCUUCUGCAAGCAUGUGACCGCCUUCGUCAAGACUUGGCUAUAUAUGGUAUCAACAUAAAGGAUAGAAGUACUACUUCUACAUGGGAACUUGGAAAAAUCAAUAACAAACUGGAAAAACACUGAUGAAGGGAUGAAGUAUACUUGGAGUGAUUAUCGAUUUUUUUUUAAAAGCCAGACUGAUAAAGAAUCCUGUCUCUUUGAUUGUUGGACUUUCAUUCCAAAGCAAGCUAAAUAAAAUAUUAUCAAACAUUC